ACUUGCGCUUCAAUCAGCUUCAAUUCGAGUCAUAACCUAUAAAGUAGUAUAUAUAAAAUGUAACAACAGUAUAUACAUAUGCGGUGGACGUUGCAAGUGAAUAUAUUACAUGAAAUUAUCAAUGUAAAAUAUGAAUCAUUGCGAUUGAAUCGCAGUAUUCAUGAGCAUAAUCUUGAGAAAGGGACGUAAUAGAGGUGCUAUAACCUAGUUUAAUUUGUUGGACAUCAUGACACUUACUCCCAAAGGGUUGACAAAAUUACUGGAUAUCCUCGAAGAGGAUAACCUUGAUACGAGUUUGGAAAACCUGUGCAACCAAUUACAUCAAGUAUUUCCAAAAGAAAGUCGGUUUAAAGUAGGAAUGACAUUAGUUCUACUUUUACAACACAUAGACCUAUUGCCGAAAAAUGUUCAACGUAUAAUAGCAGUAGCGUUAUUGUUCGAUCUUUAUAGAGGAGAACCAUUGGCUUCUACGCCUUUUGCACCUGUUUUUAUUCAGGUGUUAAAAUCACAGGAUGACACAAACAAUGGUGUACCGAAAACAAACUUCUCUGGACACAUACCAGUGUUGUCUCAAUGUGAAAAAAACCUCUUAGUAAAUUUAUUGGGAUAUAAUCAGAAGGAUAUUUUAAAGAAAACUCCAAGACAGAUUGUGGAUGAAUUAUAUUUUGUGCCUGUGCCACCAAUUGAUUUGAGUAACUUGCAAGUACAAUUAACAGAAAGACAUUCAGAACUACCUUCCAUUGCAAAAUGUGGAAAUCCAGUGAUAUUACCUGACAUGGAUCACUCUAAAGUAACAGAGAUCGAUAAAAAUACUACAAAAACUAUGACAGAACUCUUGAUUACUAACGAUCGUCCAUUAUGCAGUCAAAGCUAUCGUCCUGAAUUUCUAAGAUUGGCACCUCCUCUUUAUCGGUCUGUUGAUGAACUACCAUGGUUUAAUGUCACAGAACCUUUUCAAUUUACAAUUGAAUAUGAUAACAAUAUGUGUGUCUCAAAUUGUGCUGGUGCAGAAGCUCGCAGGUUAAUGGGUAAAGCAUUUAAAAGUGUACUGACACUGCAACAACAGCAACAUCUUGUCAACGAGUUGGAUAGAGAUCCAAAAUUGGUGUAUCACAUUGGUCUUACUCCAGGAAGAUUACCAGAUUUGGUGGAAAAUAAUCCUUUGAUUGCAAUCGAGGUUUUGUUAAAGCUUAUGCAAUCGAGUCAAAUAACAGAAUAUUUCAGUGUUUUGGUAAAUAUGGAGAUGUCACUCCAUUCUAUGGAAGUUGUUAAUAGAUUAACCACUACUGUUGAUUUACCAACAGAGUUUGUUCAUUUAUAUAUUAGCAAUUGUAUUUCUACGUGUGAAACUAUAAAAGAUCGCUAUAUGCAGAAUCGUUUAGUACGGUUGGUUUGUGUUUUUCUACAAUCCUUGAUAAGGAACAAGAUUAUAAAUGUGAAGGAACUUUUUAUUGAAGUGCAAGCAUUUUGUAUCGAAUUUAGUCGCAUCAGAGAAGCUGCAGCUCUUUUUCGUUUGUUAAAACAACUAGAAUCUGGUGAUAUUGGUGGUCUUAAUGCACCACCUACAAAUACUAAAUUGGAUAUGUGCUAAUGUAAUUAACAUCAAAGUCUUGAAGUACUUGACAAUAGAUUGAUAGAUUUUCAAUGUUUAUAACUAUUUUCCUGUUUAAUUAAAUUUCAUUGAAGGAUGUAAUGUAGCAUUUCACAGUGUAUUAUUGAAAGUGAACUUUGUAAAUUUAAUCAUAUUUUAUAUAUAGUUUUGAUAUGUGUAAGUAAAUUAUUGACUGUAAUUCAUUUAUUUUUUAUUAAUUAUGUAAAAACCAGUAUGAUAAUAUUUUCUGUUAAAGAAUCAAAAGGGAAAUGUUUUUAUAAGAAUAUACACAAAGUGUGUGAA